AUGCCCAUCUGCGUGGAGGAGUGCCCCCAGGAUUCUGCAGCGCUGGUGUACUGCCCGAAGGCCGCCAGCGUCUCCGAGGACGUCUCUGGUGAGCAGCCAGGGGUGACGGUGAUCACGACCAUCGUUCAGGAGGUCGUCGGCCAGGCCACGUACCCCACCGUGGUGGUGGGCGGGCGCCUGUGUUUCCCCGACGCCGGGGGCCAGGAGGGGUCUGCUGGGGAGCUGCUGGAGGAGCUGCACGGCUACAUUCGGGGCUGGAUAGACGCCAGCUGGGCCCUGCGACUCCUCUACAAGGCUGGCAAUCUGGCGAGCGACGUCCCGAACAACUUCCUCCUUCUCGGCGGCAUCUGCGCGGGCGCGUUCGUCCUGAGCUUCGCCUACCUGCUCCUCCUCCGGUUCGUUGCGAAGCUGCUGGUGUACGUCAUGCUGGGGGUGCUCCCUCUGGGCUUCGGGCUCCUUGGAGCGGCCCUCAUCUCGACGGCGCACGGCCUGACUGGACACCAGGCGCUCUCCCCGAUGUUCGAGUCUGUGCCAGACCCCUUCUGGGCUAUGGUGAUAUCCGACGCCCUGGGCGUCACAUGUCUUCUGCUGGCUACGAUCUCGAUCUGCAUCUGCUGCUUGAGAGACACAGUCGCGAUGGUUUGCGGGUGUAUCAAGGCUUCUGUCGAAUGUAUGUUUGACAUGCCCACAUUGCUGAUCGAGCCUGUGCUGGGCGCAGCGCUGAAGCUAUCCGUGCUGUCUGUCCUCCUGCUCGGCCUCGCUUAUCUUUUGUCCUUGGGCACAGUGCAGGGCGGCGAGGUGUCUCUGGGCGGCACGACGCUGUACGGACUCAACCGGACUUUCACGUACACUGCUGAUCAGCAGUACCGCCUUUUGUUUUACAUGUUCGGCAUGUUCUGGAUCAUGGAGGUUUGCGACGCCUGCCAGCAGUUCACGAUAUCAUACGCGGUCGUGCUGUGGUACUACAAGCCGAAGCCGAAGAGACGACCUCAUUUCCCAGUUGUGCGCGGCUUUCUCAACGCGAUAUGCUUUCAUCUGGGUACCCUCGCGCUCGGAGCGCUGCUGGUGGCCACCACACAGGUGCUGCGGCUGGUGUUGGGCUUCGUCAAGCGCCAGACGGAGGCCAGCUGCAGCCCGACUGGGGCGUGCCUGGCAAGCUGCUGCACUGGUUGCCUCGCCUGUUUCCAGAAGUGCCUGGAGUUCAUAAACAAGAGCGCGUACGUCGACGUCGCCAUCCGCUCCAGCAACUUCCUCCACGCGGCUCUCCACGUCUUCAAGUUCGUGACGCAGGAGGUUCCGGCCAUCGCUCUGCUGAGUGGUACCUGUUGGAUCGCCCAGGUCGGCGGCGUUUUGAGCAUCUCCCUCGCGAGUGGCUUUGGCGUGUACCUGCUGGUCACGAGGGUGGACCCGUGGGUGAAUGUUUCCUCGGAGCAACACGUCUCGGAGCCAGUGCUGUUGGCCAUACUCUCUGGCAUGUUCGGUGUCUGCGUGUCGACAGUGUUCAUGUGGGUAUUCGACCAGUGCUCGGACACACUGCUGUAUGUCUUCGCCGACAACCGGAAGAGGAGUCCUGAGACCGUGUCCACGUACGCCCCGAAGACGCUUUCGAACUUGGUCGACAAGUUCGAGCCGGAGGAGGAGUCCUGA